AUGGCGCAUAUUGCAAAGCUAGGGGGGUUGACAGAUGAGCUUGUGCAGCUCCUCACUUCUACUUCAGCAAAGUCAGACCAGGCAAGGUUCAAUAUACAUCGAGAAACUGCGCUACGAGCUUUGCGCUUCAACAACUACCCACGAACAAAUCAAUUCGAUGUCACAAGCCAACUGGAUGGUCUGGAAGAGAAGCUGCGAGUUUACAAUGAAGAUCCCCUGGCAGAUGCAUUACGGGAGCGACUGGAUAAAUUGACGGCCUUAGAAGUAAAAUGGACCCCGGAAAUUCUACAUCUUCUUCUUGAGCUAUCGGAUCAGCCAGUAUCGAAGUCAAAGCUGGAGAGGUUGGACUUUUUAAAGGAGCCUGAACCAGAUGCUGGACCGACUCUGAAAUGGAAGGACCUCGCUGCAGAGGAUCCUCUGUUGCGAGAGAAGAGUGUCUGGCGGAAUGUCGACUUUGCAGCCGAAGAUUCGGAGGGCGAGGAUUGGUAUGAAGAUUCUCGAUCGGAUGUUUCAGUACAUUCGGGCACGACUGCGCAGUCAAGUGUCGAGGAUGAGCUCAACAGGCGUCCAGAAGACCAUACUGUUGACACUAUCGACAAAGUAGCACUGCAGGAAUUACGAAAGCAGCAGUUCUGGCAGAAGACUCCAAAUGUGUUUGGGGUAAAACUGGAAACAGUGAAGAAAAGCAUAACGGAGCUCCAGGCUAUCCGGGAGGUUCUCUUUAUGCUAGGGGGGCUUCCAACGUCACUCUUCGAGGUCGAUCCUAAAGAGCAGACGAUAAUUCGGCCAUCGAAAGGUUAUGCGCUGAAGCAUAUAUCUGCAGAAGCGUUCUUCAAGCUUGCCAAAUCCUUUGCCGACGAUGGAUCGUGCCUCGCUCGUCUUCGAUCAUGGAUCAAGCAGCCACAGAGCAUUCCAUUACUCCAAGUGUUGCAGAACACCCUACAGGCUCUUGUUCACGACUUCGAAAAAGCGCUGUCGGAAAUCCAGCAGCGGUUCAUCUCCCCCGAAGAAGAUGUUGUUGUCAGUCUUCUGAGUGUUCAAGACGAACUCGCAUCUCACAUAUAUCCCCUUGUCCGACUUUCAAAUAUCAUCAAGAAGCUAGAAACUGAGCGAUAUGCUCACGCAUUUCGAUACUUGGAAAUGAUUUACGACGAUACCUGCACUUCACAAAUGAACGGAGACGAGAAAACCUAUGAAUUCAUGGGACGCAUAUUUUUCGACUGCUUCCGCAUGUACUUACGGCCGAUGAGGACAUGGAUGGAAGAAGGAGAGCUGGCGAAGGACGACAAAGUAUUCUUCGUUUCGGAAGCAAUUGGAGAUGUGGAGCUGGCUUCCCUGUGGCAGACCCGAUUUAAGAUCCGGAGAACCCAAGAUGGUGUCUUACAUGCACCCAAAUUUCUUCAAGCUGCUGCAAACAAGAUCUUCAAUACUGGGAAAAGUGUGGUAGUACUGAAGCAUUUGAACCAAUAUGAAUCGCUACGAUCUACGGGAGGGCCGGAACCGCUUCUUGACUUCGAUACAGUGUGUACUCCAUCCGUCUGGCUUGCUCCUUUCCCGGAGCUUUUCGAUACUGCCUUCGACGGCUGGGUCCAGAGCAAGCAUCAUCACGCAUCGUCGAUCCUCCGAAAGACACUGUUCGAUUCAUGUGGCCUUCAAAGGUCACUAGAUGCUUUUUCUUACGUCUACUUUAUGGCAGACGGCAUUACAGCAUCUGGAUUCUUCUCCAACGUCUUCGAUAAACUUGACACUUUGAACGCAUCCUGGAAUGACCAAUUUACUCUCACGGAAUUGUCCCAGAGCACCUUCGGCUCAAUUCCAUCUGUGAACCCCGAUCGACUUCGAACAAACGUGUUGACCAUUCCUCGCAAGCACCGAGAUGUCGCAAAUUGCCGAAGGACAGUAAAGGUCCUGACCAUUCUAGAAUUCAGAUAUCAUCUGUCGUGGCCAAUACAGAUCAUCCUCACCCCAGGGACCAUCACAUCAUAUAGGCGGAUAUUCACAUUCCUGCUUCAGAUUCGACGAAGUUCCCACAUCCUCACUCGACAGCGUCUGAUCUCUGAUCGACUGACUGCCACCAGUAGCACUGACGAGCGUGCGAUCUACUACGUCUUGCGAACGGGGUUGCUGUGGUUCGACCAGAUGCUCUACUAUUACCUGACAUCACUUGUGCUGGAGCCACUGACACAAAAGAUGCGAGCAGAUCUGGAAGCAGCGGAAGAUGUAGACGCCAUGAUUCAGGUCCACUCGGCGUAUAUAAAAGCAGCAACCGAGCAAGCACUUCUUGGAAGUAAACUAGAGUUGAUCCAUAAAACCAUUCUCAAGAUCCUAGAUCUAGGAAUCAAGCUCGAAGACGCUCAAGCUGCUAAUGCAGCAUCCAAUAAGGAGGCCAUGGAACAUCAACAAGAGAUGAUGGAUCUCUCAAUGGCAAGUCUAGGCUUGCAAACUCCCAGGAAGAAAGCCAAGCGAUUCAUGAAAGUGCCAAAGUCAGCGAAGAAAGACCUGGAUUCAAGUUCUGACGAGGAGAAUGAGGACUUCGAUGUUGAUUUGAGUAUCUUAUCCUCGCCCGGUGGUGGAGACAAAGAGGAACUUUCAUAUCUCGAAAGACUGAGGAAGAUGAAGGCAGAUUUCGAUAGGCUAGUUCGCUUUGUAGCGAGUGGAUUGAAGGGAGUUGCGAGGGUGGGAGGAGGAGAUGCAGCUAGGAGUUGGGAGUUACUGGGCGAGAUUCUGGAGUCUGGUCUAGGGAAUGACAGUGGGACCAUGGGGUAUCGGUAA